AUGAAACAAUGUUCGAUAUGUGAAUGCGACAAUGUCGGUAUUUAUAUUACGGAUGGAGCGUUAGGUAUCUAUGAGGAGUGUGAAAUCGCCAGAAACACGUUGGCUGGUGUAUGGGUGAAGAACCGUGCGAAUCCGUUCUUCAAACGGUGUCAUAUUCAUCACGGGCGAGAUGUUGGUGUGUUCACCUUUGAGCAUGGAAUGGGUUACUUCGAAAAAUGCAAUAUUCAUGGAAAUCGUAUCUCCGGGAUUGAAGUGAAAAAUCAAGCAAAUCCGACGGUGGUUCGAUGUGAAAUACAUCACGGUCAAACUGGUGGUAUUUACGUGCACGAGAAAGGUUUGUUUAGGAUUUUCAAAGAAAAAGGUUCCAAGAGGAUGGUCAGGCAAGAAAUACUGUUCUUUAUGGAGAAUCGCAUCUACGGGAACGCAUUCGCGGGUAUUUGGAUAACAUCACAGUCGGAUCCAACAGUGCGCAAAAAUGAGAUUUUUAACGGCCAGCAAGGCGGUGUCUAUAUAUUCGGUGAGGGCCGUGGUCUGAUCGAGCACAAC